UCAUCAAGUUCUCCAUUCCCGCCGUUAAACCAUUCAUGGACACCGUUUAUGGAGUUUUCUCUCUGGCAGGAGUCAUCAUUCUCAUCAUCAUACUUGGCGUAGUAAUGGGAGGCAGCAGCGAGAAACGUCCAUGGAAUCUUGUUCUUUUGGUGCUCUUUACUCUCGACAUGGCUCUUACAACUGGAAUGGUUUCUACAUACAGAAAAUGAGAAAAGGAAUGCCUAUUGUGAUAGUGGCGGGUGCGAUGGCAUUUGCAUUCCUUGCGCUUAUGUUGUACACUUUCUGGGCUAAGAAGAGAUCAGCCUUGUUCAUAACCUUGGUUCUGUUCCCUUUUCUGAUCUGUUCUCUUCUGGAACUCAUGGUGCUCAUCGGCUUUGGUUUCAUCCGGGUGUUUGCUCAUAUGGGAAGUAGACAAUUGAUGAUCUACCUCAUAUUCUGGUAUCUCGGAGCGCUCGUCUCUUCCGGUUUGAUCAUAGUUGUCAUCAACCGCUUGAGCACGACAUCAUCCCAUGACUACAUUGAAGCAGCAUGUUCUCUGUUUAUCGAUACCAUUGCCCUCUUCUUCUCCAUUUUCCAGUGUUCGAAACAAAACAGAUAAAUAAUGGAGUGCUUCCUAUAUUACUUCCUCUGUUCUUUGUAGUUUUGUGUUCUUUUCCUUUUUAUUGUUAAAAAAAAUUUGUCACCUUCCUUUUAAUCAAUUAAUUUGUGUUUAAUGAUAUUACUUUUACCUCCGCAUAAAUUUCAAACAUAAAGUUUUAAUUUAUUAUUUCUCGUGCCUGUCAAAAUUAGCAAAAUCUAAGAGAUUGGUAUUAGACUAUGCACAAUCGGACAGAUAGUUGUGUAUGAAUUGCACAAUUAGAUGUGCCUCUUUUGAAUACUACAUUUGUUCUCUUUUAAUUGCAACAUUGAACUUUUUGCACUAUUCACAUAUUCUAGUUUGACUAUAUUUUAUUAAUUAAUGUAUUAU